AAGGUGAUUGAGCAGAUGGAUGACGUUUGACAGAACCGCUCUCUCAUGACGUCACCAGCCCCCGUCCUCCCUCCGGGCAUCUGCGCUGCGUGAGUCCGGCCUGGCUGAGUCUCCCUCCGUCCUGCGGCACCUCGACCUCUCGCUCUCGCUCUCGCUCUCGGGCUGGAUGAAGCUGCUACUGCUCGCUUUUCUCGCCGCCGCCCGCGGCGCUCAGGCGGACGUUAUCGACGACAUCCUCGGCAGUCUGGAUCGCGGUGCCGCGUUUCUGGCGCGGCAGCACGAACAAAUCAACCUGGACGGAGUGGUGGGCUUCUCCAUGCUGCUGGCUGAGCUGAAGGAGGCGAUCCGGACCUGGCCUCACUCGGACCCGGUCAGCUGGUCGCAGAGGACGUCGGCCGUGGCUCUGGUCAAGCGCCUGGACGACAGCAUUGACAAGGCCAUCGCUGCCCUGCAACAGAAUGACCCCAAGUACUACCAAGAGUUUGAGCCUCUUCUGUCCUGGACGUUCUGGUCCAUCCCUCAGCAGUGGACCUCCACAGACCCGACCCUGGUCUUCCUCUCCACUCAGGCGAGCGAGUGCUACGACGAGCAGCUCAGUGACAAGUGCCUGACGCUGCUGCUGGGAACCUGGAAGGUCAAGGGGACCCCCUGCAUUGUGACGAAACCAUGUCGUGACAUCAUGACCCGCUUCGGUUGUCCUCAUUACUCCCUGUCUCACCAGCUGCUCUACUUCAUGAUCGGGAAGAUGAACGGCUGCUCAAACCUGCUGAAGGGAGACACCCGGGCGUCCCGAGCCAACAUGACCGAGCAGAACUACCAGAAGAUCUUCUGCUCCAACAUGAUGAAGGCCAACCAAGACGUCAUCCGAGAUGGUCUGACAGAGCAGAUGGUCGACAUCUUCAUCGAGAACAUCCUCAUCUGUGGACUCUCAGGCUUCUCAGACUUCUACAAAGCCGACUGGCUGCAGCAUGUGAUGCGACUGCAGGACAGCGAGGUCGGCUGCUUCGGCAGAGACAGAAGUGUGGAGUCGGAGCGGAUCGGAGACGAACUUCUGGAGCAGCUGCAGCCGCACACCAGAGUGAAGCGGCGGGAGAAAGUGCUGCCCGAUGGCUGCUCCAGUCACAUGACGGCGGUGGCGGUCGGCGCUCUGGGCGGGUACCUCAACUACUACCUGACAGAGCAGGACAUCACCAAGCGGCCGCUCUCCUGACCUUCCACUGCUCCACCGUCCUGCUCACUCCUUGCUGAGGCU